AUGCUGGAUCUCAGACGGCUCGUCUCUGGCCGCAAAGCGCGCUACACGGAGGAUGGCUUCGACUUGGACUUGUGCAGGUUGACCGACCGAAUCAUCAUUAUGGGUUACCCUGCGACUGGUACUGCAUCUCUGUACCGGAACAAGCGAUCCGACGUGAUCCGCUUCCUCGAACCCUACGCUCCCCACUACCGCAUCUUCAACCUCUGCCCGCUCUACGAAAACUCCUACAAAGCUUCAGCAUUCGCAACGGACGGCGCUUCGAAUGAGGAGGAGGCGGGGGAGAAGGUGCUGGGCGGGCCGGUAGAGCGGUAUCCUUGGCCUGAUCACCAUCCGCCGCCUUUGAGCAUGGUACCGGUUAUGGCGACGGGUGCGAAGCGGUGGUACGAGAAGGACGAGCGGAAUGUUGUCGUGAUUCACUGCAAGGCUGGAAAAGGACGGUCCGGCACCUUCGCCCUCUCACUCCUGCUCGCCCUACCCGGUCUUCCUUCAGCGCCUGCUCUGCCAAAGGACGACAAGGCGAACCAAAGCGACGACCUGAAGACGUACGGCCCGCUCGACCCGCGCGCAGUACUCGCCAAGUCGGGGUCGGACAUCCAGGACCUGCCGAUGGAAGACAAGCUCGAGUACUUGCUCCGCUUCCACACCCUCCGACGAAUGAGCCCGGGCGCGAAACGCUACGGCGUCUCGAUCGCCAGUCAGCGCCGGUGGCUCGGCUACUGGGUCCGUCUCCUCAAAGGUGAUGACCCUAGAGACAAUGCGUUGUCCGGCAGCAAGCGAGUCGUGCUCGAGUACGUUAAGGUGACGGGACCGGGCUUGCAUGGGGUUGGAAAGGUUGUUGCGGGCGGCAACGAGCGGAUGGCGGUGCAGGUUCUCCGCUACAAGGACUCGAUCGCCGCCAACCUCCGCGAGCGAGAACUCACGCUGGCGCGAGACCCAAACACGCCGACCACCCUUGACGACUGGGACGACCGAAGCGAGAUGUUCGUCCACGUCGGUUCGCUCUCAGAGGCGAGCGACAAGCAGGGCUCUCAUCCGCUCCGGGAUGAUACCCCAACCCAGCUCGAACCGACUCAAACGGACGCAGGCGCAAGCGUUCCGCCCUCAGCUUCCGCCUCAACCGGCUCGCUCCCUUCGGCGGUCAUCAAGACUCCGGCCUCGUCUAUCGCCGAGUCGCCCGACCUGCCGCCCCCUUCACAAACCGCCGCCACACCCACCUCGACUUCCGCCAACCCUGGACCUUCCCGAACUCGCGUACUCGUUCCUCGCACCUCCUUCCUUGAGCCGAACUCGACCAGCAACAAGCGACGAUCCGAGAAGGAGGCAAAGGCGGCAGUAGAGCAGGACGGAGGAAUUGUGUUAGACGGAGACAGGGAGGUUCAGCUCAAAUACCUCGUCGGCAAGACGGGUGACAGGCAUGGCAAGCUGCCUGACAUGGCGGCUCUCGCGAUCACCUGGUUCGUCCCGUCUUUCGAAGCGAGCGCACCGACGAACGGCGGAGACAAGCGCUCGAAGCUCGUUAUCUCGGGCAAAGACCUCGACUUCCGCAAACCUUUCGCGGGAAUCGAGGAGGUCGAGGUCGGAUGGCGCUGGCUGGGUUAG